AUGACUCCUAAACCCCACGCCCGGAGCAAGACCGUAAAUGUUUGCCCUUGGGCGCUAGGCACUGGCAGAUGUCUGGCGAGCGUGCCGCUCGUGCAGGACCGCGCCUACUGGGAAGUGCAUGUGGUGGAGGUGUCGGACGGGGCAUCCCUCCUGGCUGGUGUCGCACCGAGAGGGCCAGACGACCAUCUCCAAGAGAGGCUUGGGGCCACGGCUCGGUCCUAUGGCGCCGAGCUGGGUGCUGGAUGUGGUUUGACGUUGAAGUCUGGUGACGUGAUCAGCAUUGCCUACGACCAAGCCAUAUUCCCUGUCACGGUCAGCACGUGGCACAACGGCGUCCUCCUUCAGACGCCCAUGGCACGAGGGCUCAAAGGCGAGCUCUUUCCCGCGCUUUUCCUAUGCGAGAUUGUAGUUGACUGGGCUUUGGCAGAAGGCCACUGGAAGCAGCCAGCCUGCAAGCCACAGGGCUUUGAUGCGAUCAUGCCCAGCCGCGGUCUGAUCGGGGGCGACUGA